AUGAAUAUGUUGGAUGAUGAAGAUGACCAAAGCUUUCACGCUACGCGUGACGGCUACUCCCAUUUGAGCGAUGUCGAAUGGGAUGCGGUUGAACGAAUGGGUUCGACCAUGGGCAUCCAUGCUGUUAGCGUCAUGCUAGAGGCUCUCAAUAGAGAUGCCCAACAUGCUACUAUCGCCAAGUUCAUUCAAAAUGAACUUGACGCAGAACGCGAGAAAGUAGCCUUGCUUCACCAACAAGGUUCUCAACAAGCAGAGUUGUUGAGAGAACAAGGUGCUCAACAGUUUGAACUGUUGAGACAGCAGCAGGCUGCUGCUGGCGGGUCGAUGCACUCGCGUCGGCCCGAGACUUUGAAGAUUGACAUCUCAAAGGCGCGUCGCAUCGACGACGGGGAUAUGCAAGUUGCAUUUGCCCAGUCAAAUCUGGCAGGACGUGCCAAGACUUGGGCACUGGGGCUCAAGCUGCACGACCCAUAUGCGUUUGGGUCGUUGGAAGUCUUCAAGUCGCGGCUCAGACAAACGUUUGAACUGCCUAGAGCUGAGUUCAGAGCUCGAACCGAACUCUUGAAGCUCAAGCAGGGUAAGCGUGAUGUGCACGCUUACGCUCAACAUAUACGACAUCUCACGAGUUGUAUAAGUUCCAAUCCGGUGGAUGAACACACGUUGGUUUCGGUGUUCAUGCAGGGUCUUGCGGAUGGUCCCGUCAAGACUCACCUGUUCCGGCUUGAACUAGAUUCACUAGAACAAGCCAUUUCAAUUGCGGAGCAGGAAGACUUCAGUCUGGAGACAGGCUCGCGCCAGCUCGACAUCAUAUCGUCAACCGAGACGAUAUGA